UNUUUUUGGCCUCGUCUCCUUCUUCCUUCUUCCCCUUUCUUUCUUUCUUUCUUGGUAGAUGUUCACUGAGUCGACGAGACGAUACGACUCACCGCCAGCCCUGAUAAGACGUUUGCUUUUGGUUCGAUCGAAACAGACUUUGUUCUUCUCUCUCUUGCUGGCUAGUGGCUACAUACAUACAUACAUACUCAGAAGGAGGCGAUAGAUCUGAGGAGGAAUUAGCGGGGUUGGGAGUGUGAUUCGUAAUGGCUUCUACGGAAGUCGAUUCCCGCUUAGCUCGAGUAGUGAUCCCAGCUCUGGACAAGGUCAUUAAGAACGCCUCCUGGCGUAAGCACUCCAAGCUCGCUCACGAGUGCAAAUCCGUCAUCGAGCGCCUCAGAUCUCCUGAUAAUUCUUCUCCUCUCGCCGACUCUGAUUCUGGAUCUUCCCUUCCCGGUCCCCUUCACGACGGGGGAGCCGCCGAGUACUCUCUCGCCGAGUCCGAGAUCAUCCUCAGCCCUCUCAUUAACGCCUCCUCCACCGCCGUUCUCAAGAUUGUCGAUCCGGCCGUCGAUUGCAUCCAGAAGCUUAUUGCUCAUGGCUAUGUUCGCGGUGAGGCCGAUCCCACCGGCGGACCUGAGGCGCUACUCCUUUCCAAGCUCAUUGAAACCAUCUGCAAGUGUCACGAGCUCGACGAUGAAGGACUCGAGUUACUCCUCCUCAAGACGCUCUUAACUGCGGUUACUUCUAUUUCCCUCAGGAUCCAUGGAGACUCUCUGCUGCAGAUCGUCAGGACUUGUUAUGGCAUCUACUUGGGUAGCAGAAACGUCGUUAAUCAGGCCACCGCUAAGGCCUCGCUCGUCCAGAUGUCUGUUAUCGUCUUCAGAAGAAUGGAGGCCGAUUCGUCUACUGUCCCCAUUCAGCCCAUCGUCGUCGCCGAGCUUAUGGAGCCCAUGGACAAAUCUGAAUCUGACCCAUCCACCACGCAGUCCGUUCAAGGUUUCAUCACCAAAAUUAUGCAGGAUAUCGACGGAGUCUUCAAUUCAGCUAACGCCAAGGGCACCUUCGGCGGCCAUGAUGGAGCCUUCGAGUCUUCUUUGCCCGGGACUGCGAACCCGACGGAUCUGUUGGAUUCUACUGAUAAGGAUAUGUUGGAUGCCAAGUACUGGGAGAUCAGCAUGUAUAAGUCGGCUCUCGAAGGAAGAAAAGGGGAGCUGGCCGAUGGGGAAGUGGAGAAAGACGAUGAUUCUGAGGUUCAGAUUGGGAAUAAGCUGAGAAGAGACGCCUUCUUGGUUUUCAGGGCACUUUGCAAGCUGUCCAUGAAGACGCCUCCAAAGGAAGAUCCUGAGUUGAUGAGAGGGAAGAUUGUGGCUCUCGAGCUAUUGAAGAUUCUCCUCGAGAAUGCUGGUGCUGUCUUUAGAACCAGCGAUAGGUUCUUAGGCGCCAUCAAGCAGUAUCUGUGUCUCUCCUUGUUGAAGAACAGUGCUUCAAAUCUUAUGAUCAUUUUCCAGCUUUCCUGCUCGAUUUUACUUAGCUUGGUUUCAAGAUUUCGUGCUGGGCUGAAGGCAGAGAUUGGGGUGUUCUUCCCUAUGAUUGUUCUAAGAGUGUUAGAGAAUGUUGCUCAACCUGAUUUUCAACAGAAGAUGAUAGUGCUUCGGUUCCUGGACAAGCUCUGCAUUGAUUCACAGAUUUUGGUAGAUAUCUUUAUCAACUAUGAUUGUGAUGUCAACUCAUCCAAUAUAUUUGAGAGGAUGGUGAAUGGUCUCCUUAAGACUGCUCAAGGAGUGCCUCCUGGUACAGUCACUACCUUGUUGCCACCUCAGGAAGCAGCCAUGAAGCUUGAAGCCAUGAAAUGCUUAGUUGCUGUUUUAAGGUCUAUGGGAGUAUGGGUGAAUAAGCAGUUGCGUCUUCCGGAUCCUUAUUCUGCAAAAUUGCUAGAAAUUGAUGAUAGAAAUCUUGAAGAAGGAAGUCAUCCGGUGGAAAAUGGUAAGGGGGAUGGAGGCCAUGGGGGUUUUGAAAGAUCAGAAUCCCAGUCUGAAUUGUCCAGUGGGACUUCUGAUGCCUUAGCAAUAGAGCAACGCCGAGCUUACAAGCUCGAACUUCAGGAAGGUAUUUCUAUUUUCAACCAGAAACCUAAGAAAGGCAUUGAAUUUCUAAUCAAGGCAAACAAGGUGGGGGACUCACCAGAGGAAAUAGCAGCUUUUCUCAAAGAUGCAUCCGGGUUAAACAAGACUUUGGUAGGGGAUUAUUUGGGGGAAAGGGAGGACCUAUCUCUUAAAGUGAUGCAUGCAUAUGUGGAUUCUUUCGAAUUUCAAGGCAUGGAAUUUGAUGAGGCAAUUCGAGCCUUUCUCCGGGGAUUUAGGCUGCCAGGGGAAGCCCAGAAAAUUGAUCGUAUCAUGGAAAAGUUUGCUGAGCGUUACUGUAAAUGUAAUCCAAAGGCUUUUUCUAGCGCUGAUACGGCAUAUGUCCUCGCUUACUCUGUCAUAUUGCUCAACACGGAUGCACAUAACCCUAUGGUGAAGAGCAAGAUGACAGCUGAUGGUUUUAUUAGAAAUAAUCGUGGUAUAGAUGAUGGAAAAGAUUUGCCUGAGGAAUAUCUACGUGCAUUGUAUGAAAGGAUAUCUAGAAAUGAGAUAAAGAUGAAGGACGAUGGUUUGGGUCCGCAACAGAAGCAGCCGACAAACCCAAGUAGAUUACUUGGCUUAGAUACUAUCUUAAAUAUUGUUGUUCCUAGGCGUGGUGAUGAUAUGUACAUGGAGACCAGUGAUGAUCUUAUUAGGCAUAUGCAAGAGAGGUUUAAAGAAAAAGCUCGCAAAUCUGAGUCAGUUUAUUAUGCAGCCUCGGAUGUGGUUAUACUCAGAUUUAUGGUUGAGGUGUGUUGGGCUCCUAUGUUGGCAGCUUUCAGUGUUCCACUUGACCAAAGUGAUGAUGCAGUCAUUACAACAUUAUGUCUGGAGGGUUUCCACCAUGCCAUCCAUGUCACUUCUGUAAUGUCCUUAAAAACGCACAGAGAUGCCUUUGUGACUUCGCUAGCAAAAUUUACUUCCCUCCACUCUCCUGCUGAUAUCAAGCAAAAAAACAUUGAAGCCAUUAAGGCAAUAGUAAAACUGGCGGAGGAAGAAGGUAACUAUCUACAAGAUGCUUGGGAGCAUAUAUUGACUUGUGUUUCACGGUUUGAGCAUCUUCAUCUCUUGGGGGAAGGAGCGCCUCCUGAUGCCACUUUCUUUGCAUUUCCGCAAACGGAGUCAGGAAACUCUCCACUGGCUAAGCCAAAUUCCGCACCUGCAGUUAAAGAAAGAGCACCUGGAAAACAUCAGUAUGCUGCAUCUGCUGUGAUAAGGGGUUCCUACGAUGGUUCCGGUGUUGCUGGCAAGGCUUCUAAUACAGUGACAACUGAACAGAUGAACAACCUGAUAUCUAAUCUGAACUUGCUAGAACAAGUUGGAGACAUGAGUCGGAUAUUUACUCGUAGUCAAAGAUUGAACAGUGAAGCCAUAAUUGACUUUGUUAAAGCCCUCUGCAAAGUUUCCAUGGAUGAGUUACGAUCUCCAUCUGAUCCACGGGUCUUCAGCCUAAGUUUAUCUGAACUUAGUUUCGACCCAAGAGCAGAAAUUAGGAAGGUUGCAUUGAAAGUCCUGUUUGAUACUCUGCGGAACCAUGGUGACCAUUUCAGCCUGUCUUUAUGGGAACGGGUUUUUGAGUCUGUUUUAUUUCGGAUAUUCGACUAUGUGCGGCAUGACGUUGACCCAUCUGGUGAGGAUUCAGCAGAUCAGAUAGGUUACAAUGGUGAAGUUGACCAAGAGUCUUGGCUUUAUGAGACAUGCUCGUUGGCUCUACAGCUAGUUGUAGACCUCUUUGUAAAUUUCUACAAGACAGUUAAUCCUCUCCUUAAGAAGGUACUGAUGUUAUUCGUAAGCUUGAUAAAACGUCCUCACCAAAGUCUUGCUGGUGCGGGUAUUGCUGCGCUUGUCCGUCUGAUGAGAGAUGUCGGUCAUCAAUUCUCAGACGAACAAUGGCUCGAGGUUGUGUCAUGUAUCAAAGAAGCAGCGGAUGCUACAUCCCCUGACUUCUCAUAUGUUACCAGUGAAGAUAUGACGGAGGAUGUAAGCAAUGGGGACGAAACAAAUGAUAAUUCCAACGACGCACUGAGAAGAAGAAACAGGCAGCUUCAUGCUGCCGUCGCAGAUGCCAAAUCCAAAGCUUCAAUUCAGAUUUUUGUGAUUCAGGCGGUAACAGAUAUUUACGACAUGUACCGUACGUCUCUCACAGCCAAUCACAUGUUGAUGCUCUUCGACGCUAUGCAUGGUAUUGCAUCCAACGCUCACACAAUCAAUGCCGAUCCACUCUUACGUUCCAAGCUCCAGGAGCUGGGGUCGUCCCCUGAAUCCCAAGAAGCUCCUCUGCUGCGCCUGGAGAACGAAUCUUUCCAAACAUGUAUGACCUUCUUAGACAACCUCAUCUCAGACCAGCCUGUGGGUUACGACGAGGCUAAAAUAGAAACCCACCUCAUAAGCCUCUGCAGAGAGGUGUUAGAGUUCUACAUAGAUAUCUCGUGUGCAAAGGAGCAGUCGUCUAGAUGGGUGGUUCCCUCAGGGACAGGAAAAAGGAAAGAGCUAACCGCGCGGGCUCCACUAGUGGUCGCUGCAAUCCAGACACUGGGAAACAUGGGAGAGUCACUGUUUAAGAAGAACUUGCCGGAGUUGUUUCCGUUGAUAGCGACGUUGAUAAGUUGUGAACAUGGGUCAGGGGAAGUACAAGUUGCCCUUACCAUGGGAAGAAGGUAG